AUGGCAGAAGAAGUGAAGCUUUUUAGGACAUGGUCAACUCCAUUUGCUUUAAGGGUCGUUUGGGCACUUCAACUAAAGGGCAUUCCUUAUGAUACCAUCUAUGAAGAUCUCUCCAGUAAGAGCUCUUUGCUUCUGCACUAUAAUCCUAUCCAUAAGAAGGUUCUUGUGCUUGUGCAUAAUGGCAAACCAUUAGCAGAGUCACUAGUAAUUCUUGAAUAUAUUGAGGAGACCUGGAAACAAACUCCCUUAUUGCCUGAAGAUCCUUAUGAACGAGCCACCGCACGCUUCUGGGCAAAAUUUGGAGACGAUAAGGUUGUGCCUUCCAUAUGGAAUGCUUUUAUCAAGCAAGGGAAGGAGCAAGAGGAAGCAAUGGUCACAGCCCAGGGGAACUUGAAAUAUUUGGAAGAAGAACUGAGAGGGAAGAAGUUCUUCGGUGGAGAGAAAAUUGGAUUUGUAGAUCUUGCAUUUGGUUGGCUUGCUAAUUUGGUCGGUGUGUUAGAGGAGUUAAAGGGCUUGACAUUGAUAGAACAUGAAAAGCAUCCAUUGUUGUUAGCAUGGAUUCAGAAUUUCAUGGAUGUAAAUAGCAUCGACUAA